AUGUUUAAGGUUUUCCUCAGUCGUUGGUUUGCCAGCCUCGGCACUCCCUCCACAAUUACGAUUGAUUUGGGCUGCAAUCGUAUCUGCACUACGGCUUGUCAUCCUACUGCCAACGGGAUGUUCGAGCGCUUGCUCUGUCAGCUAAAGGCUUCCUACGCGCCAUGGCUGAUCCAGAGCACUGAACGAGACAUCAUCCUCUGGGUCUGUUGGCUAUCUGCUCCUCCCUCAAGUCAGACCUUGACUGCUACGCUGCUGAACUGA